UCCAAAAUGGCAACCAAAACAAAUUUAGCUGAAUAAAAAUUAGUAAUUUGUCAAUAUUAUCUGUUAAUUUAUAUAUUUUGUCGACGAAAUGACAUCCAUAAUGGAAAUAGGAGAAGGUGGAAUAGAUCCACAGACUGAAGUUCGAAAGCUUCAAGACUUAGUAAAGAAAUUGGAGACUCAGAAUGAAGUUCUGAGAUCUAAACAAAAACUUUCCACAUCUGAUAAUGACUCAAAUAUUAUUGAAACAGGAAAUGAAGUAUUAAAACCGGCUGUGAAUAACAGUGUAUUUUAUAAUAAUAGAAAACAUUCAGAAAAACGUGAUAUAGCCAAGAAGACAGAAAGUUUAGAAUCUGUUGAGUUAAUUGAUGUGAAUUCUCCCUCACAUGAAGAUGAUGAUAAUUGGUUGUACAGUUCUCCAAGGCCAUUAACGCCACAACAGCACAGGAUGUCUCCAUACAAGUGGGUCAGGCAAGACCUUGACAGCCCCGCACCAGAUAUCACCUCUGCACGGAAAUCCCUAAAGUAUAAGCUGGAUGAAGUUGCAAGAAUGAGUCGCAGCAGCAGCACGCCAGUAUUUCAUAAUUACUCGACUCCUCCAAAAGCAAACAGUCCCGCCAUGAGCUUAUCUGCAGACAACACCCCAUCUCCAAGGAUAAUGAAACCCUCCGCCAUGAAACCCCAUGCCAAAUCCAGCCUUGCAUACAGCCCUGGACUGCAAGGUAGUAGGUUAAACACUGGGACAUUUACUCGACCCAAAAAGUCUCGAGACAAGCCUAGCCCCGCAGAGACUCCAGAAGAUGAUGUUGAUGGGGAGGAGCCAGCCAUUCACCACCAGAAUGUGACGGACAUAGAGAACAUGGCAAAACAGCAAGAAGAAAGCCUAAGACAGAGCAUGGCUCACACCUCACCCAGAAGAGGGUUUAGGUCGCGACCCCUUCCAAACACGAGUGCCUCUCAAUAUAACGAUUCCAAUAGUCUGUCCUCGGCAGACUCUAAUCGUUCAAGCCCAGCUAGGUUGGAGGAGGGUGAGGGUCGGAGAGACAGCACAAACUCAGCGGGCUCUGACCACAGCAGUCCACCCGACAGUCCAUAUGCCAGCAACCAACACCUGCAUGUCAACAACGCUGGUGCAUCCAACUUCCGAGGCAGUGCUCCGAAUGUAUCAAGGCUUAUUCCUCGUGUUCAGCAUCACAACAGUGACUCAAGCCUCACUGAUCACUCUAACGGUGAAAAUGGUGUUCACAAUGAUGACUCUCCCAAAUAUGCCAGUCGAUUGCCUCUGAGCCCACUUGGCCGGCCAGCGUCCCCGAGUGUGAGCGGGCUCAAACAGCCGCAGAGAGCUAUGAGAGGGCCCUCACCCCAGAGGAGCGGGCUCCCCACUCCUAAGCGGUCGAUACCGCGCCCUGGGUCUACAACACCCCGGUCAAGUAUACCAACAACUCCUAAAAGAAUAUCUGGUUUGCCCUCUCCACAAGUUCGGAACAGUCAACCAAAACCUCGCUUUGAUGAAAGUUGGCGCGAUGGGUGCUUCUAAUGCCUCUUCCAAUCAGUUCUUCAUGUUCUUCGACAGUUAAUAACAAUGAUAAUAAUUAUUUGAAUGUCCUUCAAGUGACAGAUUCUGUUUGAUUUAAGAGGUUUGUUUAAUUCAAACAAAUGGGGUUACUUGAAGAAAUGAGAAUGUUAGUCAUUCAAAAACAAUGGCAAAGAAACUGUAAAAUGAAACACAGAGCAUACAAGGCUGUAAAAUGAAACACAGAGCAAUCAAGGCUGUAAAAUGAUACACAGAGCAUACAAGGCUGUAAAAUGAAACACAGAGCAUACGAUCGGUUUUAAUAUGUUUAUGGCAAUGUGUGAUCUUUUGUUUGUACUUAGUCAUACCUUUUUGUGAGAACUGUUUUAUCCCUUGAAAAUGGAAAACUAAUUUUGCUUUUAUGAUAAGGUCACAUUAAUUAUUUUAACUUGGUAUUCAUAAGCUUAGUUAUAAUUUGAAUGUAAUAAACUGAAAGAACAGAAAGCGCAAAAUGAAUGUUUGAUACCUAUGUUCAAUUGGAUUAUCUUUGAACAUGACUUGAAAAAAGUCGUUAUUUCACUUUAAAAUUAUGUUUUAUAGAUAAUACAGCACUAAGUGUGAUCUGUGAUAAAAACCUGCUGUGCAGCGUUUUUAUUUAUUAUAUAUUUUAGAACUAAUGGCAUUAUAUGUGUCUUCAUCUCAAAUGAAAAGAAGUAUUUUACUAGUAGUUAUUUACACAGCAAGGUUAUAUUAACUUGAUAUUGGGAUUGUCACAGAUUCUAAUAAGUACAUGGUCAUGUUAACUGUAUUACAGUGAAGUUAACUGUAUUACAGUGAAGAAAUUGGAAUUAAAAAGAAUACACCAAAUACUUGCCCUCGUACACUGCUGAAAUGUUAACAUGCAUGUUUCCCAUUUAAAGACGCAGUGGGCCGAGUAAUCAGUGAACAUACAAUGAUCAAUAUGUUGUUACAUACAAGUAUAUGACUUUUAUUAGUUUUUGUCUUUUGACAUUUAAAUUUCUAAAUCAAUGGAAUAAUUUUCAUGGCAUCCAAAAAUGCAUCUUAUUAAACUCUUGAAAAGCAAAAAUGGGUCUUAUAUAACAUUUUAGAAUUUUCAUUUUUAAAGGGACCGUACACCAGAUUGGUGUCGGAGACCGGGUUGGAACCCGUGUCGCUGAAAUUGCAGUCCAGCGUCGUACCUACUGAGCUAUGAAGGCUUUCUAUAAUUGGGUGACAUAAUUAAGCUAUACACCUACCUCUGUAAUAUCACGUGAUAACACCGACUAGCCAAUCAGGCAUAAGGAAUUAAUUCUACCUGGUAGACAUACCCAGUAAUCUUUUUUAAUGGAAAAAUACGAAAUAACUGCUAAACUUAGAUAAAUUGUAAACUAUGUGGUCCUUCAGUUAGUAAGUUUCAAUGCAUUGUACACAUCGAUGCCAAGUUUAUGUCAGUUUUUCAACAAUUUUCUUUUUUUCCGCUAUUUUAUCAUACGGAGAACAGUCCCGUUAAGCAUUAUAUCAAAGAUCUUAUUUCAUCAAAAAAAUAAGUUUAAUUAAAAGUAUAUUUUUUCUUAUAAAACACAACAAGCCGUAAUUAAAGUAAAUAUAUGGAAUGCGAGAGAUAUGUCAUCGUACUUUGAUAUCGUAUCUCCUGCUUUCCAUAUAUUUCCUUUAAUUUUGGCUUGUUGUGUUUUAUAUGUAAAACAUUUAGAUUAUAACCUAAUGGUUAUUGACUUAUUCAUUGUAAGCUCAUUGGUUAGUAGGUCCCACUUUGAGAGCUUCAGUUAUAAACUGCCAAGAAUGCCUUUUAACCAGCUUGUCAGUAUUCUUUUAAAAGUUGUUUUAGUGAUUUGUUAUGUACACAGUUAUUUUAAAUGUUGUGAACUUUCCUAGGCUUAGCAUGUACUGGGCAAAUAGUGAAUAGUUAAACAUCAACUUGUUGAGACUGAAAAAACAUAUUGUUUUUAAUUCAAUCCACUUGUUUCAUAUCACCAAUGCUUUUUAAGUGCAUAAUUACAUGUGUUGUAAGGUUUUAGCUAAGGGUUAUUCCAGACAAACAUAUGACCCCCGGGGGAUGCAAUUAUUUUAAAAGUAUAUGGGUGGGUGUCAAUUUUCACUAACUUGAACCCCAAAAGGCUAAAUUUACUUCUGUAGGGGGCAGGCCUAACUUAAAAGUCCCCCCCCACCCGGGGAUUAUAUGUUUAAUGGAAUAGCCCUAAGAAAUUGAGCCUUAUUUUACUUGAAAUUUGUUUUCUAAGUUAAAAUGUGUUCUCAAUAUUUUCUCAAUAAUUACUGCUAAUGCAAAAUUGUUUUUAGAGUAUAUCAUAAAGCUUGACCACGGGACAAUGCCCUUGUUGGGCUGUUGGGCAAAACACUUGUAGAUGAUGAAUUAAUCGUCAGCGAAAAGUUUGGGACAAAUGAAUAAUAAAUAUUCAGAUUUUCACAAUUUAGCUAAAAUAAAUUGGUUUAAACUAUAUAAAUUAAUUUGUGAGUGCAAUUUACAUGCUCUGUAUGGAUAAAUGGAAUCAGUUCAUUGCCACUACUGGUUGUAAUAUUGACAAAGCUGUAUAUCAAUCUUUGUUUUUUAAUGUACAUGUAUAAUGUUGUCCUGUCCUGUCCUUUGUUAAUUCAUGCAAAUGUCUGGCAUGUUGUUUUUAUGGUCUUUGAGUUACCCGAUCUCGUUUUAAUAUUUAGCUACAUGUAGAUGAUUAUUUGUUUUUUCCACAUUUAAGCAAUAGUACAUGCUGUAAGAUCUAAGCUUUGGCUUGGUAAUGGUAAGUUUAAUGUGGCCGACACACAAAUAUCUCUGAUAUAGCUCCAUAAGUAUUUAUAUUAAAUCUUUAUGCCAAUAUAUAUCAUUUGAAGGGGUAUUUUCUUGCUGAUUUUUUAUAUGUAAAUAAAUGGCCAAAGUUAUGUUAUUUAUAUUACGUUAAUAUAGUUUAUAAAAAUAUUUGCUCGCUUUUAUCAAUUAAAAUUUGAUGUCAAAUGACAUAUUUUCAAUUAUUGAAGGCAAAAGUUCUGUUUUCUUUUUUUCACACAAAAUCUUUCAAAUGAUACCAAAAUAACCAGGCCUCCAUUACUCACAUAUUUAUGGGUCAGAUUCCUUUAAACAGAUUAAAAUGCAUAUCAUGGUGAAGACUUUCUCAAGACAGAAAUGUACUGUUAGUAAAGUAAAAAAUGCAGAGGUACUAUGAUGGCUUUGUUGAGUUGUCAUCGACGUCAUUCAAACACAUUCAUCUCGACCAUUACUGAAAGGCGGUUCAAGAUAUUUGAAUAAAAUUAUAUGCAGAGACAAUAUGCUUAAGCUGCUUAUGUGUAGUAAGGCCUGCUACUCUGGUAAAAAUACUCCAGUUAUGAGCCCUUUUUUUACUUUAAAAAGUAACAUUAGAAAAGCAUUGUUUUUUCUGCGCUCCUGAUAACGAAAUAACCCCAGCUUUUUGAUGAUGUAUUAUUUCUUAAAUGUGGUUUUCUAUGCUAUGUUGUAGCUCAAUGCUUCUAACAUUCUAAAUACCUGGGUUUUUCUAGAGCUAUUUGUACAAAUUGGACUGCAUGUAAAUCAUUCAUUGUUAGUUUCAUGCUUUUAAAUUUAGUUUCAAAUGAUUACACAUUUUAUCAAGACAAGAUUUCAGUUUUAAUGAAAAUUCAAGUUUUAUGUACAUUUAUAUUGUUUCUUUGUUAAUGUCAUGGAAUUCAUUGACCUUCAUUAUUGUACCUGUGAAAUGACAUUUUUUUGUUUUCAAUUUGUGUUAUUUUUCGAACAAUGUCACUUUUAAAUGGGUCCGUCAUUGUGCAAUACAUGAAUUUCAUGAUUUUUGAUGUAUGUCAAAAUUGCUUUGGGAAGGAUUCUGCUUUUUACUUGUAUGUCAGCUUUUUUGGACGUAGUUUUAUUGGCAAACAUUUUGUAGAUAACUCGACUGUUUCACUAUUUGACUGUACGUCGAAAGGUUUUUUGAUCAGUAGUAGCUCUUAACAAGUUACUGAUUUAUGUACAUGAAUUCUUAUGAGAUCCAAUCUUAUCACUGCUGUUUGAGUUUGAUUUCUAACAAGAUUGAUUAUAUAAUUUAAUAAAUUGUAAGAAAGAAACAUCGUGUUCUUUGAGAUGACAGACAAUCUGUGACGAUGUAAAUUAAUGAUAAAAAUACCUGUUAGUUUUGAUAACAACUCAUCAGUUCAAAAAUAUUGUUUAAUGUAUAUUAAACCGGUUAGUUGUAGAUAUAAAUUGUCAUUUAGUUUUCAUUCGGCAAGUUGUUAAUAUAUAAGCACUUUUUAAAUUCAUGUUUGACUGAAUUUUUGAUAAAUCCGAAUGCUUUUUAGACUGGUUUAUUUAGCAGUAGUAAUUGUUAACGGUUUUCGAUGUAUCCCUAUUUAUUAAUAUUUGUAUAAUCAUGUCACUAAAUAAAAGUUCUGUUACUGAAUAGGUUUUUCCUGUACACAAAAAUCAUGAAUAAAAUGUUA